AUGGUGGACAUCCAGAACAUUGACUUCAUAGCAAUGCUCAAUUUGCCAGUAGCAUAUAUUCUGCUGCCAGCGGUGUUGAUUCUGGUAGGGUUUUUCGCAAAGGGAAACAUAUGGCCAACUGUAUGGGCUGGCGGAAAGCCUGUAUCUCCACCCACUAAGGGGAAAGUGAUGACAUUCAAAGAGUACCAGUCUGGGCAAUCAAUGGGAGAUGUUAUUCCUCUCAGAGACUUCGACUGGAAGACUGAAGAGCCGCGAAAGAUUUACAAAUUCAGUCCUAAGUAUUUCUUGACAAUGGGACUACAAAACACCAACAUCAAUUUCAUCACUCACGUGGACCGUCAGUAUCAAGAACGUUGCAAGGCUCGCCAUGAGAUCUUGCGCACACAUCCGAAUGCCCUCGCAUGUAGACCCGGAGCCGAAGCCAUGGUUGACGAACUCUACGCAUAUCUGGUAAACGAUUACCUGCCACACCGGUAUCCUACAAUCUUCCAGUUUAAAUCACAAAAUGGAGCGCCGAAUCAUCUCCUAAAUAACGUCACCACAGACGUUUUACCUUUGACGCCCCCACAAGAUAGGAUCGAGGCACUUCGUCUCCUAGCUGUUAAUGUCGAUGAGGACUUUUUGAUGCUUCUGCCCUCAUCAGACGGUGACGGAUAUUCAUUGGAAAGUGUGAUUUGGUGUUACCCCGUCGGAUUUGAUGCUGGUGACAAAGUUGGUCUGAAGUUAAGAGACGCACACAAACCUGUUCCUGCAUACAAAGAGGUUAUGCAAAGUAGUAUGGAUCGAUAUUUUGGAAAGUUGGCUGUUGGCAAGGUUAUUUAUCGCGUGAAUUGGGCUGUUGCUACCAAUGACAAUCUCUGCGAAGAUGGCGAGUAUCAUUUAUAUGAAGGACAAGAAGCUUCUGAUACUGAAGUCGAUAUUUCAAACUGCUUUGUGCGGUGCGAGCUGCAGACCCUUUUCGCCCUCCCCAAAUCCGGAGGCAGAAUUUUAAGCGUGCAUUUGUACCUGUAUCCCUUACAGCAGAUCAAGGAUGAUGGAUUGCAAGAGCAAAUGAUUGAGGCGAUUGAUGGCUUAAAGCAAGGAAAUGCGCCAGGAUUUUGGAGAUAUAAGAGGGCCCCUGUAUGGCAUGAUAAAGUCAAGGAGUUUCUGAGAAGCUAA